GCCCAACCGUUGCUUUUGGAAUAUUUUUUGGCAAGACUUCCUCUUCUGGAAAACUUUCCCACUUUACAGUCCAGGACUGUGCUGGUGGCCCGUUACAGCUGGACAUUAGCACUGUGCUAGCCUAUGUGUUUGCUCAUGUGUGCUGUUUUGUAGCUGCAGGUUAAUUGGUGAUUCAGUCCUGACUAUCACAGACACAGGAUGGGAGUUUUCCGCCUCUCCUUUGCCUUUUUUUUCCUCGUCUGGUCCCCUGUUCGGGGCCAGUGGUGGAGCCUCUUCUGGGCAAACCCUAAAACUACCAGCCUUCCUCCCGUCACCUCUCCACCUGCCAUGUCCCCGGAGCCCCCUGGUGCCCAGGGGACAGCAUUGGGGGGGGUGGAGGAGGGGACAGAGACAGCUCUGGAGGGCAUCCAGACGAAGGGCCCCGAGCUGGGCCCCACGGGAUCCACAGGGCUGCCCAUCCAGAGUACUGUUAAACCUGGGAUGUUGCACCCAGAGGAAAGGGCUGAGGGUGGCAGCAAAACCAAGUCUCAGUACAAACCAUUGAAACACUGGAAGAGUGAGCGAGGCUCAGGAAGUCAUCUGGACCUGAUGGAGUUAGUUGGAGUCCCCCUUCCUCCGUCCGUCUCCUUCACUCCUGGAUAUGAGGGUUUUCCAGCCUUCAACUUUGGACCCAACGCCAACAUCGGCCGACUCACCAAAACCUUUGUGCCCGGGUCAUUUUACCGGGAUUUUGCCAUCAUAGCCACAGUGCGCCCAACCAGCCCGAGAGGAGGUGUGCUGUUUGCCAUCACAGAUUCGCAGCAGAAGGUGGUGGAGCUGGGUCUGGCCCUGACUCCAGUUCGGGGAGGUCUCCAGAGCCUGCUGCUGUACUACACUGACCGGGCGCAGGCCGCCCACAGCCACAAGGCCGCUGCCUUCAGCGUCCCAGACAUGACCGACCAGUGGACACGAUUCACAGUGGCGGUGGAGCACGAUGAGGUGCGUCUCUACAUGGACUGCGGAGAGGCAGAGAGGACAACCUUCCACCGGAGGCCAGAGAAACUCACCUUCUCACGCAACUCAGGCAUUUUUGUGGCUAAUGCCGGAGGCACCGGGCUCCAUAAGUUUGUGGGUUAUAUUCAGCAGCUGGUGAUAAAGGACGAUCCCAGAGCGGCCGAGGAGCAGUGUGAAGACGACGAUCCUUAUGCCUCAGGGUUCACCAGCGGGGAUGAUGCUCUGGAUGACAGGGAGUCAGAAGAGGACACAAUGAGGAGGAAAGAGGGGAAGAAAAUGGACACAUUGCUGGAGGAGGACUCUGUUCCUGUUAGGGCUCCGCCCACUGAGGCCCCGGAGGUGGAGCUGGAUGAGUAUUCUGGUCACAUGACACCAACAGCAAGUAAUGACAAACUUCUGAUGACGGGACCACAAGGGACAGAAGAACGAAGAAAAGGUCUUGUCAGGACUGGGUUGAAAGGAGAGCAUGGAGAUCCUGGACCUUCUGGACCUCCUGGACCACCGGGUCCACCAGGACCACCCGGUGUAGUGGAGGAAAGGCUUGGGCCACAAGGACCCCCUGGAACUCCUGGAUUUCCAGGACAACCAGGAAGAGAGGGACAGAAGGGAAGCAAAGGCGAAGCAGGCCAGCCGGGUCAGAGAGGACCUCAGGGAUAUCCAGGUUUAAAUGGCGAAACUGGAAUCAAGGGAGAAAAGGGAGAACCAGGAGUUGGUCUGCCGGGCGCCCCCGGCCUCCCUGGACCCCCUGGACCUCCCAGAUCACGCAGUGUCCCUUAUGGACCGGAUGCUCUGGGCUCUGGGUUUGGAGACCUCGACACGGACACUGAACUCAUAAGGGGUCCUCCAGGUCCGCCGGGGCCUCCAGGACCUCCUGGUCCGUCCUCCCCCCGGCUGUCCUCAGAACUGACUCCUGGACAUGUUGGACCACCUGGUGAACCUGGCAGAACUGGACUUCCUGGUACAAGUGGAAUAACAGGUCCAGCAGGAGCGGAUGGAUCUCCGGGUCCACAGGGACCUGGAGGAGAAAAGGGUGACCGAGGUCUGCCAGGACCACCUGGACCGAAGGGGGAAUGUGGAUCUGUGGGUGUAACAGGAUCCCCAGGGCCACUGGGACCCAUGGGUCCACCGGGGAAGAGGGGCCCGGCGGGUCCAUCCGGACCACCGGGCCCACCAGGACCCCCAGGAACCAAAUACUUAAUUGAGGAUAUGGAAGGAUCUGGAAAGACUGACAUGAUCAUCGGAGCCAGAGUCAAAGGCCCACAGGGACCCCCAGGUCUACCUGGACCUCAGGGACCACCGGGUAAGGACGGAGCUCCAGGCCUCUCUGUCAAGGGGGAACCCGGGGAUCCGGGUCCAGAGGGUCGUCAGGGUCCUGCUGGACUCCCAGGUGUCAGGGGGGCUAAAGGAGAGAAAGGCAGUCCCGGACCAAAGGGGGACCGAGGUGCUGAUGGACUAAGUAUCUCAGGACCACCUGGACCUCCUGGACCUCCUGGACCUGCUGCUAAUCUGCAGGAGCUGCUCCUGAACGCUACGGAGGGUGUAGUCAACAUCACAGACAUCAGAGGACCUCCAGGACCAAUGGGUCCCAGGGGACCAAAGGGGGACAAGGGCCCUCAAGGUGGUGAAGGGCCAACGGGGUUAAAGGGAGAAAAAGGAGAACCAGGGGUGACCAUUGCUGCGGAUGGCUCAAUUCUGUCUGCACCAAGAGGCCCCCAGGGACCCAGAGGCCCAAAGGGUGACCGGGGCUUCCCGGGACCGGCUGGACACAUGGGACCUCUUGGACCUCCUGGUCAAAAAGGAGAGUACGGCUUCCCUGGGCGCCCAGGGCGGCCUGGUAUGGCUGGAAAAAAAGGGGACAGAGGAGAAUCAGUUGGCGUGCCGGGGCCUCCAGGUCCUCCAGGCCCACCUGGACUUCCAGGGAGAAUCAUUGGACUGAAUGGAACAGUGUUCCCGGUGCGCCCCCGGCCGCACUGCAAAAUGGGUCGAGAGUCACCUACAAGAGGGGAUUCAUUUGCCCUGAAAGGAGACAAAGGAGACGAGGGGCUGCCCGGUGAGCCAGGGACACCUGGUUUCCUGAUGGAACUGUGGGACCUAAAGGUGACCUGGGUCCUAAAGGCGAGAAGGGAGAGAAGGGUGACUCCGGUGUGCCUGGUCCUCCGGGUCAACCAGGGAGGUCUGGACUUGUGGGUCCAAAGGGGGAUUCCAUCGUCGGUCCUCCAGGUCCAGUCGGUUCUACGGGGCAGCCUGGAGUUCCUGGUUAUGGACGUCCAGGAGCCCGAGGCCCCCCUGGUCCUGCAGGUCCCCCCGGAGCGGCCCCUGCAUAUGGAUCAACCGUCAGUGUCCCGGGCCCCCCCGGUCCUCCCGGCCCCCCAGGGUCUCCUGGUGACCCCCUAUAAGACGGUCCAGGCUCUGACCCGGGAGACGCACCGCGCCGCCGAGGGGGCUCUGGCCUACGUGUCCGAGAGGGGGGGGGAGCUGUACGUCCGGACGCACAACGGCUGGCGCAGAAUACCGCUCGGAGAGUUGAUCCAAAAUGGACCCGGCUCCCCAGAGGCGUCUCAGGCCCUGAGCAGAGGCGGGGAUCGGGGCAAACCCCACAGGGUCCACAGCCAGGAGCUGCAGGAUGGCAGCAGAGGCUACCAGCCCAGCUACAACAUCCCCCCCCAGGCGGUCAGCUCCGAGCCCGGGCUCCGCCUGGUGGCCCUGAACGCCCCGCUCAGGGGGGACAUGCGGGGCAUCCGGGGGGCCGACUUCCAGUGCUACCAGCAGGCGCGCGCCAUGGGGCUGACCUCCACCUACAGGGCCUUCCUGUCCUCACACCUGCAGGACCUGGCAACCAUCGUGAGGAAGGCCGACCGCAACGACCUGCCCGUGGUCAACCUCAGGGGGGAAGUGCUGUUCAGCAGUUGGAUGUCCAUCUUCUCUGGGAACGGAGGCUUGUUUGACCCGUCCACGCCCAUCUACUCCUUCGAUGGACGGAAUGUAUUGACCGACUCCGCAUGGCCCGAGAAGCUGGUGUGGCACGGCUCCAGCCCGGUGGGCAUCCGGCUGACCAGCACCUACUGCGAGGCGUGGCGGACGGCGGACGCGGCGGUGAGCGGUCAGGCGGCGCUGCUGCAGACCGGCCGGCUGCUGGGUCAGCACGCCCGGCCCUGCUCCGGCCAGCACAUCGUGCUGUGUGUGGAGAACACCUACGUGGGGGGCGCACGCCAAAGGAGGACCUGACCAGCUACACGCACACACACACAGACACACGCAUCAACACAUGACCACACACGCUGAACAUGAAGAUGUGACACAGUGAAGAACACAUACAGGCACAUGCAAAUAUAGAGAGCACUCCCAUGUUACCCCCCCCCCCCCCAAGGAAGGCCUGAGCUGAGAAACUUAAUGAACGUACCAGUGUUCUGCACCGUGUGCCUCGUACUGUCGUUGGGGCGUCAGGUUUUCUACAGUUUUUUUAUCCCUUUUUUGUUUUUAGGCGUCCAGGAAAAUGAACGGUUUGCUGUGAAAUAUACUGCAAACUCACUGGUAUGAGCUGAUAAGCGACUGUGUUUUUUUUUCUCUGUGUUGACAACAUCAAUGUGGAGUUUUAAGUUUUAAGUUCUUAGGAAUCAAAGGUUUUAAUGCCAGCACAGUAUUGCAGAUUGGAGCCUCAUCAAACGACUCUUUAAAGGAUUCUGUUUCCAGACUGGCAGUGGAGUCUAAGAGUCCCAAAAAAAAGGCAAACCCUUUGUCUCACAGUCAGCUUUGAAUGAAACUUUGGCUGCCACAUAUACAAGAUUGUUCUUAUAUAUUUUCUAAAGCCUAAGUUCAUAAUUUGUCAUGAAUGGGGAAAACACAGAUUGUAGAUACAAUGGCACACAUUUUAAUCUUUUCUCCAUUUAGAUUUUACUGUAAGGCCACAAUUACACUGUCAUUACCUGUAUUAGCUUCACCUUUAAUACAUCUGCUACAUAGUCUUAGUAGAGUUUAAAUCAACACGUGAUAAUAAAAGAAAAACAUUAAUUUAUGCCAUAGCAGGACCUAGUGUGAUAAAUUAGUGGGUUCCCGUUCUGAUGUUGCUGUAUAGAUUCGGGGCAUGUACAUAAAAGUGUGUGCUGUUAUUGUCCAGAUGUUUUUUACUCUGCUGAGUGUAGGUUUUGUAAGCGCACCAUAAUGAUUUGGUCUCACCAUACUUUGACUGUAAAAAUAAGUGUUAGUUUUUCUGUCCAAUUAUGAUUCUGUCCAAACAAAACUUGACUCUCUGAGGAAACGAAGGUUUGUACUGACUUAAUGGUGCUCACUGAAUAAAAUGUAUUUUGUGUUUUUUUAAGUGU